GGCCGCUCUCACACCAAGUAAUACCAUACACAAGCAGUACAGCACCCUCCAUCUAGCAUUCUAGCUGAGCAAGGCCUCCGAGCUCCGGGAUGAACUACCUCUUCGCACCCCUCGACUUCGUCAAACAGAAGGCGAAGGGCAUGGUCUCCACGCGCGAACGCGCCGCCGGAACCGCGCUGGUCGUCGGCGGCGUUGUGGGCGCCUACUUCCUCUGGCCCACGGCGGUCGUCCCGGCCGCCGCUGGCGCCGUGAUGAAAGCGCCGGGCGCCGCCGGCUUCGUCAUCUCCCGCGCGGCGUUCGUGGCCAACCCGCAGCUCUACUUCAACAUUCUUCGCACGGCCGGCUCUGCGGCGGCGGCCGCCUUCGCUUUAUAGGGAGGCAUCGCGUACGUGCGCAUCUCCCAUUCGCGGUGCUUGCGCGCCCACUAUGGAGUAGUAGCGGUUAAUCGCCGAAUAUGUGUGCUUAGUUUAGUUAUGUGUCGAUCCACUGUCUGGUACUACGUACUAAACUAUUCCUCGUGUAAUAGCUAUUGCAUCCGAUGCGCGAAGGUCCGAAGAUGUACUGUAUUGUGUAAAUAUGCUAGCGAUGGCUAUGUGCCACUGCUCGCAUGCUAUCAUGGUAUGUGUUAGUCUAUCAAUAUAUUACGUUCUCAUGUUGCAUGCUA